AUUUAAUUUUAAACUAAAGAGUGGAUAAUUUUUAAAUGAUAACCCUCCAGUAGAUGUACAGCCAGAAAUUCCAUACUCACGGUUUCGUCGAAAUAAGUUUGCUCAUAAAGAAUUUAACGACAAGUUUUUAAACAAUAUGUUUGGUCAUAAGUGCUCCGUUUGUGAUCGAUUGUGGUUUAAGUUAGAUUUAAAAUCACCACGUGCUGAAGAUGAACAAUUAUUAAGGGUAAUAGUUGAAAAUUACAAUACAGUUGAAGAUAUUUUACUGUGCAACACGUGUUACCAAGCAAUUGGGAGGAAAGUGAUUCCUAUAAUGUCUACUUAUAACGGUUUUAAAUAUGAAAAAAUACCUGAGGUUUUACCACCGCUUGACUUAAUUUCGGAAAGACUUGUCUCACCACGAGUUCCAUUUAUGCAAAUUCGACGGUUACGACAUGUUCAUGGGCAAUAUGGAAUUUAUGGACAAAUCAUUAAUGUACCAGUCGAGGUAAACAAUAUGGUAAAACUCUUACCCCGUAAUGUCGAUGAUGAUUACUGUAUUAACGUACACAUUAAAAGAAAAAUAAUACAUAGAUCAAGCUAUUUAAUGGGACUAGUUAAUAAAAGGACAAUUCGUGCAUGGCUUCAGUAUUUGCUUCAAACUCCACUUUAUUUAUUUUACGAUAUUAAAAUUGAUGAAAGCUUCUUCAACAAUAAUAGUAAUAAUGAAAUCGAUCUAGAAGAAAUGAGUGAAGAUAUACCGGUCGAAGAGAGUCUAACAGCACAACAGAAAACUCUACUUUGGAAUGAAGAUAUGUAUUUACGGAUCGCUCCUGGAGAAUAUAAUAUUCCCAAAAGUAUAUUUUUGAUGAACAUGCCGAAGAACUUUCUUUCCCAUCGAUUUAUUUGGGUCAUUUCCGAAAAUUCAGAGAGGGAGUAAAUGCAACACCGUUCGCAAUAGCAACUAGCGAAUUACGAAGAUCAGAUCGGCGUGGAGUUACUCCACAUCAUUUAUUAUAUCUAGCAAUGAAAAUUAUGAGGUUAAGAGUUCGUGACUCGCUUACGAUUGCAUUUAAACAUGUGGGAAAAAAUACUAAUAUUACACGGCAGCAAGUUGAGUCAGCUGACUACAUUAAUAAUUGUAUCGAAAGUAAUUUAGCUUUUCUGCGCUCAAUACCAAAUUCAGUAUGGUAUUGGAGCGAUCGAAAAGAGAUCUUUUUGCGAUGAUUCGGCAACUAGGAAAACCUACGAUGUUUCUUACUUUGAGUGCCAAUGAAAUCGGAUGGACCAAUUUAAUACAAUUAUUGUACAAAUUAAAAAUAACGGUACUGAAAUUUCAGCUGAACAAGCUGCGUCACUGGAUUACAUAUCUAAGACUACACUAGUGAAUGAAGAUGCUGUGACCUGUGCUAUCUAUUUUAAUAAAAUAGUCAAUAUAUUGAUAACUAUUCUCCAAUCAAAGAAGAACAGCCCAUUUGGAAAUUAUUAUGUUGUCGACUAUUUUAAACGAAUUGAAUUUCAGCAUCGUGGUAGUCCUCAUGCACAUAUUUUAUUGUGGCUGAAUGACGCUCCAUCAGAUCCUCUUGGUACAAACUAUCAAGAUACUGUAAUGAUGAUUGAUCAAUUGAUAUCAAUUUCUUCAUCAGAAGCUUCUGGACAUAUUCGCUUGCAAAGUCACAAACAUACCUUUACCUGUUAUAAGAAAGUACAUGCCAAUCAACCUCAGAAAUGCCGAUUUGAUGCUCCAUUUAUGCCAUGUAAAUCCACUACAAUAUUAAAACCAAUGCAGAAAGAUCAUCCAGGAUAUGCUGAUUACGCUAAGCGGUAUAAACAAAUACAAAUUAAUCUUGAGAACAAUGAUUACGAGAAUAUUGAAAUGUUUUAUGCACAAAAUCAUAUAACUUCUGAUAAUGAUUAUUUUCAUAUUCUUGAAGCUGGAAUUACCAGACCUAAAGUAUUUUUGAAGCGACAACCUAAAGAAAAAUGGCACAACCCUUUCAAUCCUUUUAUUCUCAAUGUCUUACAAUCAAAUACAGAUAUGCAAUUUAUUAUCGAAGAAUACUCAUGUGCAGCGUAUGUUGUUGAAUAUGUCAAUAAAACUAAUAGGGGUAUAAGUAAUUUACAAAGAAAAAUUCAUGAAAUCAUGGAUGAAAACCCUGAGUUUGAUAUAGUAGAAAUAACUAGAAAAAUGAGUGUUAAUAUGCUCAACACCGUUGAAUUAACAAGCCAGGAAGCAGCGUGGUACCUUCUUCGUGAACCUAUGUCUAGAAGUUCAGUCUCCAUAGUUUAUAUUCCCACCGUUUGGCCUAUUGAACGACAGCGUAUUAGACGAACACAAAAAGAAUUAGAUGAAUUAAAUAUCGAUGAAGAUUCAACAAGUAUUUGGAAGGAAAACUGGUUUGAUAAAUACGAGAAGCGGCCACAAGAAAUGGAAGAAUUAUCACUUGCACAAUUCGUUGCUAAUUUUACUAAAAAUUCGCAAGGUGAUUAUAUUCGUCGAAAGCAACAACGCAUCAUUCGUUAUAGAAAUUAUGACAUAGCCUCAGAUAUAAAUGAGUAUAAAAGAGAAAUGGUGACUUUGCAUAUCCCAUUUCGGAAUGAAGAAUUCGAGAUUCUUGAAGAGAUGAAAUUUAUUAGGAUUUACGACGAAAAUGAAAAUCAAAUUCUGGAGCGACGUAAAGAGUUUGAAUCUGACUUAGACAUUAAUAAAACUAUAGAGCUAUGCCGAAAACUAUGUCGCGAAAAUGAAGAAGCAGACGAUGACGAUGAGAUUCAUGAUAUUGCCACUAGAUUUCCAGAAAUUAAUCCAUUCCAAACGCUAUAUGACAAUCCGAAUUCGGAUGUAAACAGUGAUUUACGUCUCGCAACCCUAAAUAAACUUGGUGCCAUUGCAAAACGGAAAGAAAAUUUAAUGCCUAACGACCAAUAUUAUGAGCUGAUGAAAAUGGCAAACCAAAAACAAAAGGAACUUUUGAUGCACGUCAUUUACAAUCUUCAGUUGGAAGAUCCUCCUCCGCUGCAAAUAUUUUUUACAGGACCAGCUGGAUGUGGUAAAACAUUUGUUAUUAAAUUAUUAAUGGAAAUUUAUAAUCGAUAUUCUGAAAGUGAUGGGUUUUGUAAUGCUUAUAUCGCUUGUGCUUCUACUGGUAAAGCUGCUGUGGCUAUCAAUGGGACAACAGUACACACUGCACUGAAGAUAAGUCUUUCAAAGUUGCUUCCUUUAUCAAUUGAAGUAGCCCAACAAUAUAGAUCACUUUUUAAAUAUGUUCGUGUAUUGAUUAUCGAUGAAAUUAGUAUGAUUGGAGCCGAGUUGUUGUCCCAAAUAGAUUCAAGGUUAAAGCAAAUCACCGGUAAUUUUGAAGUCCAUUUUGGUGGAUUAGAUAUAAUUUUGAUUGGUGAUCUACGUCAACUACCGCCAGUUCGUGCUACCCCAAUUUACAAACAAAUAAAACGACAAAUAGCAGGUUCAACACUAUGGCGAGGGUUGAAAUUUUUCGAACUAAACGAAGUUAUGCGACAAGCUAAUCAAAGUUUUGCAACAAUAUUAACAAAAAUUGGUAAUGGACAGUUGUUAGAUCAGGAAGAGCUAGAUUUAAUUGAGUCACGGAUUUACUCUGAAGAAGAAGCUGAGAGACUUUGUCCAGACGGUAUACGAUUGUUUUUAAUAAUCAUUCAGUUGCUGAAUACAACAAUAAAAUUUUUGAAUUCUAUAGAAGAAAAAGUGAAUUCAGAGGCAACUGAUAUAUAUAUUGGAUGUAGAAAUGUUGAACAGCAAACUUCUAUGCGUCAAAAAUUACAUAAAAUGUCAACUAUUGAUACAGGAGGUUUGCCAUAUCAAAUUACAUUGGUUUUGAACAAACCAUACAUGAUAACAACUAACAUCGAUGUAUCAGAUGGAUUAGCAAAUGGUGCGACGGGAAAUUAA